GGUAGCUGCUCCCCACCCCGCGCCCGUGGGAACGGCCCCGCCCGCCUCUGUGACGUCAUCCGGAACCCGAAGAGGCGGGGCCGCGGGUCCAGGCGGCUGGAGGGUCCUCGCCGAGCCGUGUGAUGAGCGAGGGCAACGCGGGCGACACGGGCCGCGGGUUCAGCCGGCCGCGGGCGGUACACCCAGAGAACAUGUCUCUGGGUUCUAGCUGCUUCUCUCCUCCGCCCGUGAACUUCCUUCAAGAGCUGCCAAGCUAUCAGUCAGUGGCGCGCAGAAGGACAAACAUCCUCUCCCGGGACAAGCAGAGCAGUACCCUGCUGAAGCCGACAGACUCCUACAGUUCCCAGCUAGAUGGAGGAAUCGCAGAAAACCUCAACAGCCAGUCCAUCCGCAAGUACGCGCUGAACAUCUCGGAGAAGCGGAGACUCAGGGACAUUCAGGAAACCCAGAUGAAGUACUUAUCAGAGUGGGACCAGUGGAAACGGUACAGCAGCAAGUCCUGGAAGAGGUUCCUAGAGAAAGCUCGGGAGAUGACCACCCACCUGGAGCUGUGGCGCAAGGACAUCCGCAGCAUUGAAGGGAAGUUUGGCACAGGGAUCCAGUCCUACUUCUCUUUCCUACGGUUCCUGGUGGUGCUGAACCUGGUGAUAUUCCUGAUCAUCUUCACGUUGGUUUUACUCCCCAUCAUACUCACCAAGUACAAGAUUACCAACAGCACUUUCGUGUUCAUUCCAUUCAAAGACAUGGAUAUUCAGUGCACACUGUAUCCAAUAAGUAGCUCUGGGCUCAUUUACUUCUACAGUUACAUCAUAGACCUGUUGUCUGGCACAGGUUUCUUGGAGGAGACCAGCCUUUUUUAUGGACACUACACCAUCGAUGGAGUAAAAUUCCAGAACUUCACGUAUGAUCUGCCCCUGGCUUACUUGGUAAGCACGAUUGCCUACCUGGCCCUGAGCCUCCUCUGGAUAGUGAAAAGGUCAGUGGAAGGGUUCAAAGUCAACCUGAUUCGGAGCGAGGAGCACUUCCAGAGUUACUGUAACAAGAUCUUUGCUGGCUGGGACUUCUGCAUCACCAAUCGCAGCAUGGCUGAGUUGAAGCAUAGCAGCUUGCGGUAUGAGCUCCGAGCAGAUCUGGAGGAAGAGAGAAUACGCCAGAAAAUAGCAGAGAGGACCUCAGAGGAGACCUUGCGCAUUUACUCUCUGAGGCUGUUUCUGAACUGCAUUGUGCUGGCUGUGCUAGCGGCAUGCUUUUAUGCCAUCUACCUAGCCACCACCUUCUCACAAGAACACAUGAAAAAAGAAAUCGACAAGAUGGUUUUUGGGGAGAACCUCUUGAUACUGUACCUCCCAUCCAUUGUGAUCACACUGGCCAAUUUCAUCACCCCAAUCAUCUUUGCCAGGAUCAUCCACUAUGAGGAUUACUCGCCAGGCUUUGAGAUCCGCCUGACAAUUCUUAGGUGUGUCUUUAUGCGGCUGGCCACCAUCUGCGUGCUGGUGUUCACGCUGGGCUCCAAGAUCACGUCCUGUGGUGACCACACAUGUGAACUCUGCGGCUAUAACCAGAAACUCUACCCGUGCUGGGAGACACAGGUGGGACAGGAGAUGUACAAGCUGAUGAUUUUUGACUUCAUCAUCAUCCUGGCUGUGACACUGUUUGUGGAUUUCCCAAGGAAGCUCCUGGUGACCUACUGUGCCUCCUCCAAGCUGAUCCAGUGCUGGGGGCAGCAGGAGUUUGCCAUCCCGGACAACGUCCUGGGCAUCGUGUACGGGCAGACCAUCUGCUGGAUCGGAGCCUUCUUCUCCCCACUCCUCCCGGCAAUCGCAACCCUGAAAUUCGUCAUCAUCUUUUACGUGAAAGAGCUGAGCCUUCUUUACACCUGCAGACCCUCCCCGAGGCAGUUCAGAGCAUCCAAUUCUAACUUCUUCUUCCUGCUGGUGUUGCUGAUAGGGCUGUGCUUAGCUAUAAUACCUCUGACCAUCAGCAUGUCUCGCAUCCCUUCCUCCAAAGCCUGCGGGCCGUUCACCAACUUCAACACCACCUGGGAGGUCAUCCCUCGGACCGUGAGCGCCUUCCCCAGCUCGCUGCAGACCCUGAUCCACGGCGUCACAUCGGAGGCCUUUGCGGUGCCCUUCUUCAUGAUCAUCUGCCUCGUCAUGUUCUACUUCAUCGCACUGGCUGGAGCCCACAAGCGGGUGGUUGUGCAGCUCCGAGAGCAGCUGUUCCUGGAGAGUCGUGACAAACGUUACCUCAUCCAGAAACUAACAGAAGCUCAAAGAGAUGUGCGGAGCCAGCCAGUUUGAGCACGAAGAUGCUACCUGAACCUUCUCAGCACGUGACUCCGAUGAUCCUACAAAGUCCACCUGGGAUUUGAGUGGAAAUUCUAGACUUUUGGGCGUUUUGGUGACUUAGCCAAGCAGGCUGACACCCAGACUGACACCUGGAAAGUGGUGGCUCACUGAGGACCCCACCAAAACACUAACUUUCCAAGCUGCUCAGCCUUUAUAAUCAAAAUCAGAGUGGGGAGACUUUUAUUUAUUUUGUCUUUGUUUAGACUUUUGUAUUUUUUUUUUUAAGAAAAGGUUUGUCUUAAUUUUCAAAGUAAAACGGGGGAACUCAGUUUUACUGAGUUCCACGCUGGGUGGUUUCUUCGUAAGCUUUUUUCCAGGCUGAGUUGAGCGUCUUCCCAAAGUUUACUGGUGACAAAAUUAAGCCUGACUUAUUUUUUCAGAUGAAUAGAAAUCUUCAGAUGCUAAGGCCUAGAAACGGGUGAUAAGAAUGUGGAGAGACCAUCCUGGUGGCAGAAGGGAAAUCCGUCCCAGCUCUAUGCUCGAGUCACAUUUGAAUUCCUGCCCACACCAGUAUCAGCCCUUGAGCAGGGUGCGGGGGCAGUUGGAGCCUCAGCUUUUUAGCUCUUCAAGCCUUUUCUGCAGUCUUGUCCACAACUCAAGGGAAAGUGACCUGAGCCGACCAGCUGGCCACGAUCCUUCACUUUCCACCUGGCCCCGGGUCCUGAGACUUUGUGAAGGGUAAAGCCUUGCAAGGUAGAUGGACGUUUCUCCGUUUUCCAAAUGUCAGUCCUCUUCCUCGCAUGGAGCUCUUCGUUCCUGAAGGACACCGAACAUUUCAGAGCCAGGCUGCAAUGUGCUGUUUGGUAUUGGAGCUGGAGGUUUACAGGUGUGAUUUUAGAUGUACAUCUUCAGCCUAGACUGUUCAUAAGAACAGCCCAUAAUGCAAACAUAGGUUGGGUUCUGAUUGCUUAAAUACACAUCUCAAAGGGCUAGGUUUUGUUUGCUUGAACUUAAAACUUGGCUUAAGUUUGUAUGUAUCUUUGUUUUUAUAAAACAUUACAGAAACAGAGUAUCUCUUGAGAUCUCUACUACAGGAAAAGCCGUAUUUAUAAAUACCUCAUCGUAAGCCUUCCGGAGCCCACCCUUUUACGAGUGUCUGAUUCGAUGUUUUUGCUUUAAGAUCUGUCAGCAUGCUGCAGUCUGGUGACGGACAGGUGGCAUCUUCUACUGUUUUUCACUGGCUCCUAACCUUUUACAGUUAGAAUCAUGUUUUAGGAAGCUGCCAAGGAGGAUUUCCCUCCUCUGACCACUGCCUUGUACAUCAAAAAAAAAAAAAAAAAAAGGUUGGCUUCUUGUUCUGGAAGCAAAGCAGACUUGUCAUGGCUUACACAUCUGUCUGCGUAUAAAGGGUCCUUUGUUAGGAUGUGUGUGUGUGCACGCUUGGAGAUAGAACGCAUAUCCUCAAGCCCGGCAGUCAUUUCUUUGAUCUUCCAUAAGGCUGUAUUAACAUAGGAUGUUUUUCCUCCUGUGGGAAUGUGUGCUUCCUAGCCUUCUCUUGUAUUUGAAGAUCUAUUGAGUUUUUGGACCCAACCGAAGGAGUUUUGAGUAAACUCUCCUCAUUUUACAAAUUCUAAUUGUUGGCGUUUUCGCCUCGUGCCUUCAUAGAAUAUUCUUGCCUUCACCAGGCCCCUGAGGAUUAUCUACCUUCCUGUUUGUUUGUGGGAUGGUGGAUAAAAUGAACAACAUGUUUUCUUUGUUAUAAAACAUACCAAAUAUGCCAAUCCAUUUGCUAGUUUUAGUUAAUGCUGCUAAUAUGCAUUUGUCUUACUUGAAUGUUUUGAUAACAUUAAAUAACCAGGCAACGUCUGUACAGUUUUAAAGUUCAGUUCUCUAACAGGUGUGUGUUAAACUGCUGAUGUACAGUGUCUUGAAAGUUUUAAAGUGUAAUUCUGUGUACUUGAAUCCAGAGAAGCUCCUUGUCAACAAACAAGUGAUGAGGAAAAAUCUUAAUACUCCAUAAAGUUGCUCUUUAUUUUUCACUGAAGUUAGAGGAAGUAGCAUUUUGACAUCUGAUGAAUGUGUUAGAUAUUUUAAGCUUUUUAUAUCUUGGCACCAUUGAAAGCCACUGUUUUAAUAUUUAUUUUAUUAUUCUAUAAAGAUAUAAUAAAUACUGUA